AUGCAAGCCGAUUUGGAAGGGAUGAAUCAAAGGAUGAAGUCUGAUGCAGAGGGAUAUGUUACUCUGAAGGAGUCUGAGAGCGAGAGAUUGAGGGAAGAGAGGAGGACCAAGAAGAGGAAUGACCCCAUUAGUAGUGAGAGUGAGCAAGGAGAGUUUGAGAUUGGGGUGAACAUUGGAAGAGAAGAGAGUGAUGAGUCUGAAAGUGAAGAAGAAGGAGAGGAGGUCAAUCAAGAGGUUGAUGAAGUGGCAUGA